CUUAAAAAUAUAAAAAAAUUAGAAAUAUCAAACGAACUACACCCCUGACCCUUGUACAUAUAUAUAUAUAUAUAUAUAUACUCCUAUAUUUUACACAGUACUAUGUACACCAAUGCAUCCUUAGCCAACCACCAUCUUCUCUCUCUCUCUCUCUCCUUCUCCUCCUCUACAUCUUCAUCUCUUCUCCUUCCAUAACCUUCAACAUCUCCAAAAAGCUCUCAAAGAAACAAAAUUAAUGGUUAGCCAUAAGAUCCAAGAACACCACACACAUAUCUCCCCAACUCUUUCCUACUAGCAAACUAGUUGAUCCUCCAUAAAAAGCUGAGAGAUCUUUAAUCUUCUUUUAUCCCCUUGAUUCACAUAAGUAGUGUUCUUCUCUCUUUCUCUAGACUUCAAUCUUAAUUCCCUUGCCUUCAAUCCCUUCUUCAUCUUCUUGCUUUAUUACAUACUCUGUGUGUGUGUGUGUGUAUAUAUAUAUGUAUAUAUGCUAUAGCUCUUGAAACGGAUAAUAUCGAAAUUAAAGAAGGCAAAGUCUAAGAACUAUAGCAUGAAACAUGGUUCCAUCUCCAAACCUUCUCCUGCAGCACAUCAAGAACCAUGAGAACUAUUCCAACCACUUCCACCGAGAGAAGCCUUUCCUGAGAUCGAUCCCGAUGACCGAUGAGAUGGCAACCUCCCGAGAAGGCGAAGAAGAACUAAGACAUGGCAAAGGACAAGUAAGAACUAGUUUUAUUCAAGAAACUGACCGUGAAGAUAAGAAUUGGCUCCAAUUGAGCAUUGGUGGCUCUGCAAGUACUUCUUCUCAGCCUCCGAGAGCUCCCAUGGGGUUCGGCUUCUUCUCGAAUAAUUCCAUGAUUAGUAUGAGUUUACAAGAUGAUUACCGGGCUUCGAGGAGUUCCCGUGUAUCGCUGGCUCAUGUUAGAGUUGUUAGCCCUCCGAGAAGGCCUCCCGCCGGGCUGUGGUUCAUUCUCCGGGCUUCGCAAACUCAGAGGAGAGGACAUUUGCUACCUCAGCUACCAAAGAGCUACCUAAGGAUCAGAGAUGGGAGCAUGACAGUGAGAUUGUUGAUGAAGUACUUGGUUAGUAAACUUCAACUGGAUCAUGAAUCAGAGGUGCAAAUCACUUGCAGAGGACAAGAGCUUCAUCCCAUCUUAACAUUGCAACAUGUGAGAGACCAAAUAUGGUGGCCAUACAUUCAAGAUUCACUAGCCAUUGAUCAUGUUAUGACAUUGCAAUAUAGUAGAAGAAUGUAGACAUUGAUUUGGUGUCUUUGUUAAAAUGUUCAAGUAGUACUAAUUAUAAUUGCUUUGUGUUUGCUUUUCUUGGUUUUCUUGUUUUGAUUCUUGAUUUCCCUCAUUGAGUUCAUUUAGUAUGUUAUGUAAUAUCCAAAAUUCUUUGU